UAGAGAUAACCCAAUCUGAAAGAUGUGAAAUCACUAAAAAAAAGAUUAAAACGUUCUGUAAAAAUGGCCAAGGCCCCUGCUAAAUCAGAUGAGUCAUUUUCAUCCAAGUUUAAAAAUCUCUUGCGUAUAGGAAGUGGAAAAAGUCCUGUUUUGCAAAAUGUCCAGGUUAAGCCACAAACAAAGGAAAUAAUCAUCACCCCAGAGCUGUUAAAGGAAAUUAGCUCAGAGAGCCCAGCCAACAAUCGUUUGAAAACUAUACAAGCCCUGACAGAGGUCGCGAACACAAAGAGACUAGAAGAUAAUGCCCCACAGGUGCUAUGGUUGAAUAUCCAAGAUUUAGUUCAGCCACAGGUUCCAAGGGAAUCCAGGCUGAUUGCCCUUAAGUUCCUUCAGGCACUUAUAAAAGGACAGUACAAGCAUCUUGGGUUACUCAGGGGCCAUUUCUUCAAGGUGCUUCGGUCGCAUACUUUAUUUGAGGAUCUAAAUGAAAGGCUUGACAUCUUCAUAUCUCUCACAGACAAUGGACGUGAUAUUGAGCUUUUGGAGGAAGAUAUAGGUGCGUAUCUACAACAGUUCAUGCAGGAAGUAAUGAGCAGUGCUCGAGUGCCUGACUAUAUGCAGUUACUCAUUAAUGUAGUCAAGUUCAACGCAGCUUACUUAGAUGAAAAUGUUGUCUCUGGACUUGUACAGCAUACGUGUGUUCUUCUGAAUAGAACCAAGUCUGAGGCUGAUCUUGAUCAAUGUCUGAAGGUACUAGACGUAGUGCUUUGCUAUAGCUACCUUCCGCCUGCAUCGUUGUUCCAUUUUAUCACAUGUCUUUGUAGAACAGUGAAUGUGGAGAAAUUUUGUCAGCCAAGUUGGACGUUGAUGAGAAAACUCCUUGGAACUCACUUAGGGCAUAGCGGGGUCUACUCCAUGUGCUGUAUAUUGCAAGAUCAGAACCACCUGGGAGAUUAUACAUUACUCAGAGGGGCUGUCUUCUUCAUUGGAAUGGCACUCUGGGGCUCAAUGAAAGUAAAGUCAUUAAAACAUACCCCAGCUUCUGUGCUGCCAUCUUUUCUUAAGUCGAUGGAUUCUAAACAUGAUGUUGUAGCCUAUGAAGUUGUUCUCUCCACACAGCGACUUGUGAAGAAAUAUGGCAAAGAUCUCCCCUAUGGAACUUGGGAUCAAAUUUUUGAAAUUGUAAAAUCUCUCAUACAACAUGUAGAGGACAACCCCUCAUGUGAGAGUACAAUCAUAGAAAACCUACAUGAAGUGAUCACUGGGAUUGAAGAGCUCUUUGAGAAUAAUCAAUUCACAGGCUCUAAACCUAAACUCUUCAACAUCAUUGAGUCUUGUGCAAAUCAAAGAGAGGAACGUUCUAUUCUACUGCUGGUGUCCUACAAGGCCAAGAGUUUACACCCGGCCUGUAAUGACUGGAUGCUACAUCUCUAUGAUCUCGUGGAAAGAUUUUUCAAGUUUGAGGCCCGUACUGCUGUCCGAGUGAAAACAUUGAAUGUACUGUCUUGUGUAUUAAGUGCAAACAGACAUAUGUAUGAGGAUGAUCUGGUUGAGAUGGUUGUACUGCCUUUACUCAGCCAGAUAGACACAGAUAUGGAUGCAGAGGUGCGGAAUGUUGCAGUUCAACUCCUGGUGGAUCUUGCUAUGACGUGUGAAACACAGAAGUGCCUUGAUAUGAUCAGCAUUAUAGAAAAGGUUAUUAAUAAACCCCCAUCAAAGCCAGAGUCUGGUACUAGUCAAUUGGCCACCACUCUAAGUGAGGAGCCACUGAUCAAAGACAAGAAAACAGCAGCAAUUGGAUUGCUGAACAUAUUUAAAGCCAAACUUAGCCAACUACCGUGUGGAAUUCCAUGUAAAGUAUUUGAGGUGCUAACAUCCCAUUUAAAGAUUCACUAUAAGAAAGUGUCUACCAGUGAAAGUCUCACUGACUAUGAGAUUGAUGCACAAUGGCUCACUACAACACUCUGUGAAAUAAGAUGCAAGAUAUUUGAAUGCUUCCUUGAUAUGAGGGCUGAUGAAGAGUACAGACUUGGAAUGAUUGAUGAUAAAAAUAAAGUUACAUACAGUCCUUAUGUAAUAUGUGACUAUAGGAUGGACAAUGCUGAACCUCGUCAUAGCAACUCUUCAUCCCCCACUACAUCCCCACUACCCCAGCAAAAGGAUAUCACUGUGAUACCAUUUAAUGAUGCAUUUAAGGCCAUCGUGAGAUGUCUUGAUCAUGAGGUUGAUUGGAAUGUGCUGAAACUGGUGCUAGAGAAGUUGCCUCUUCUGCUACAGAACAAGACAUUGAUUCUGUCAGGACAGGCCUAUAUUGACCACUUUUGCAAAAGAGUUUGUGCUAUGGUUGGUGAUCGAAGACAUACCAUGUUACAAGAUGCAUUGAUCAACACUCCCCCUGGCUUUCUCAAGUCUGACUUCCACGCCUGUGUUCUACCAGUCCUCACCUGUCUUGUUUCAUAUCAUCGAUACCUGGAUAAACAACAACAGAAAACCUUGAUACGUUGCCUCGAAUUUGGCCUGGUGUCAAAAUGUGCUAGAUUGUGCUUGGCAGCAUUAACUGUAUGUACACUAGAGAUGCAGGAUGCAAUGAUGCGACUCUUACCCUCUGUCCUAGUGAGGAUGUCUCAGAUAUCAGCAACUGUUGCCAUGGCAACACAACUUUUAGAGUUUCUAUCAAAUUUGAUUCGUGUGCCUAAGUUGUACGCCAACUUUGUUGAGGAACAAUACAUGAGUGUGUUUGCCAUAGCUCUUCCAUACACAAACCCAUUCAAGUUCAGUCACUAUGCAGUGUCUCUAGCUCACCAGGUGAUCGCCUUGUGGUUCCUGAAGUGUCGACUUCCUUUCAGAAGGGAUUUUGUGCAGUUCAUAAUGAAGGGUUUAAAGGCGAAUGUUUUACGCCAGUUCGAUGAGACUUCCAAGCAACAUAUUGCGCAGUAUGACCAUAUAAGGUCAUCGGGUCUGAAUCAAGAUUCUAGUGGUAGACGUCGCAUUGGAAGUGGAAGCAGCUUCAGUGAAUGGUCAAAGAAGAGACAGAAGAGGUUACAACAACAGCCCAACCUUGAGCCAGUGAAGCUUAUGUCCCCUGCCCCCUCUCCCUCCCCGCUCUGUGAUGACUCCAUGUUGACGUUCCACAAGGAGCUGACAGAGACCUGUAUCGAUAUGAUGGCAAGAUACACCUUUUCUACCAUCACUACAAUGCCAAAAAGAUCUGAUGUCACUGAAUUUCUAUUGGAUGGUGGCCAAUCCCAAACCUGGUUGCUAGGUAACCGCCUCAUCACUAUAACAACAAGUGGUGGAGGAACAAAGGUGGGGAAAAGUGGAGUCUGUGAGAAGUGUAACAGUCUGAUGAUGGUUCAUAUGAAGAAACAACAUGAGAAUCUUCAAAGGAGCUCAAGUGUAUCAACGAGUAAUGAGAGUUUAGCUGGCCGACGGCGGAGACAUAAAUCAGCAGCAGUAAGGACGUUAAGUUCUGUUGAACCACUUCAGAGCUUAAAUCUCAGCCAGGAUGAUAUGUUCUUGCAGAGACAGCAGACGGAUGAUGCUGGCUUCUCACAGAGUGACACAAAUGUCAUACAGAGAAAGGUGUCCAUGCAGACGACACAUACAACACAUAGCCUAGAAGAUACACCUGACAGUCUCAGUAAUUCUGAUGCACAGCUGAAUAUGUUAAAAGAAUUGAAUCGAGCUAAUAAUUCCACAAGUGAGAUACAGCCAGGCUUUAACCCUCACUUAUGCAACUGCUGGUGUCAAUCAUGGGCGGAGGUCCACAUACGUAGACCCACAGGGAACAUCUCCUGGGUGAUGAGAUUACAAAAUGACCCAAAUACACUCACGGGCUCUCCUGAGGUAUCUCUCGCAGAUCUUUCCUCUUUGUUUAUGCCGACACCUGAAAAAUCUUCGAAAAUGAUUUCUCACUUGACACGCUUGGAGAAAAUUGACACGGAAAGCUUGGAUGGAAAUAAAUAUGACGCCAUGCAUGAAGAUUAUUUCGCAAGCAGCGUGCCAUCCACACCUUUACCUAAAGCUAGCAUUUCUGAAUUCUCAGACCUAAGUUUGUUAUCUCAGCAAAGUCUGGAGCUGCAAUCAGAUGUUACUGAUGAUGUGUAUGCACAAUCUGUAACACCUAGUACCUCUUUGAAUGUUGAGAAGACAGAAGAAGGCGAGGAUGUUGAAACUGAGGCACAUGGAAAUACAGAUGCUCCUAAUGUUAUCUCCCAAAAUGAUGAGCCUCAAAACGAUGACCAAAACAACGACAUUGAAUAUAAACCUUUUCGACGUAGCAGCUCUUCCCCGAACGUCCAAUCAUUCUUCUCAACUUCAGUAGAAGCACAGAUGAGUGUUGAAGAUCGGGAAAGUACUUUGAGUGAGCUCAAACAAUUUGCAGAUAAAGAAAUCAAAAGGCCGCAACCGAGAAUGUUGAAACCAACAUUGGGAAGCCCAUUUCAACCAGUUCGCAAGCAAACUGAAAAAACUAUUGACCCUAAGGUUACUACAAAUGGACAAGCUGAAUUUGAGCAGAGAGUAAGUUCAGAUGUUAAGGUUGAUAGGAAAGGGGAUGUUGAAGUAGGAAAGGAAGUUGGUGCAGAUUCGGUUCAAUUUACUCUUCGCAAUGAAGAAAAAAGUCAAGAAAAUGGUCAGUUGGAUAAAGAACAGAGACAAAAUGGGAAAGAUGCAAUAAAGACUCGGAAGGGAGAAAACAUUGAAAGCAAAGCUAAAGCUGACAGUACACUAGAUUCUUUGGGUCAACCUAAUUCUAAAUCACAGCAGUCUUUAGGGAUACCCUCAUCAGAAUCUAGGAAUGUGACCAAGACCGACCUGGACUCAAGUUCACCUUUUCAAGCAAAGAAUGUGAUACCAAAAAAUAGGACACCUGAACUUUCAAAGAAUGUUUCUGAAAUCGAACACUCUAUAGAUACUACAGCAAAAUGUGAUAAAGACAAUGUAAUGGAUACAAACUCUAGCACUAGUAAUGGACAAAAUGCUAUCAGCAGCUCUCAAAAGGAGUUAAAUAAAACCAGGUUGCCAAGGUUACGCAAUGACCUCAUCCUUAGUGCUGAUCAUACGUCACAUGACAGGGCUAACCACCUGGAAGGUUUGGCCAAAAAUUCUGAAAAUCUAUCGAGAAAUAGAGAUAGUGUAUCAAGGAGUAGAGGCCACACAAUUUCAGUUAUGCCUCAGACACCCGGGAAAGGCCCAGAGAGAACUGUUCUUGGGAGUAAGGAUGCAGUUAAAAGUGGAAUCAGUCCUAGUUUUGUGUUCCUUCAGUUGUAUCAUAGCUCUGAGUUUGGAAGUGAACUUGACAGACCAGUGCUAUUAUCUACCACAGAUGUCCAGUUGAACCGCACUAUUAAGAAUCUCGACCGUAUUUACCCAUACAACACUCACAAGAUUGGAGUCUUGUAUGUGGGACCUGAUCAGGUGAAUGACGAAAUUGCGAUUUUAUCAAACCAAUGUGGUUGUGGUUCCACGAGAUAUGGUCAGUUUCUUGCAAGUCUCGGCCAACUAUUGCGUCUGGAAGAUUGCAAUCCAGAGUUCACAUACACCGGGGGUCUUGACACUAGAGAUGGCAAAGAUGGACAGUUUGCAUACAGUUGGCAGGAUGAUAUCAUGCAAGUGGUUUUCCAUGUGGCUACACUGAUGCCCAGGAAAGAUUCUGACACAAAAUGUGUAGGGAAGAAGUUACACAUUGGGAAUGAUUAUGUCACUAUUGUGUACAACAAUAGUCAGGAAAGCUACCAGAUUGGUACAAUUAAGGGUCAGUUUAACUAUGUUAACAUAGUAAUUCAACCACUGGACCAUGCAAGCAAUGCAGUCACUGUACAAACAGCUCAAGAUAUCACCAGUAUUAUUGGUCACACAGAUACUAAAAUUGUAUCUGACCAACACUUAGCAGUUCUUGUGAGGCAGAUGGCGAUCCAUGCUGAUCUGGCUUCAGUCAUUUUACAACGCCAGAAGUCGAUGCCAAAGGAUCCAUAUGCUUCCAAUUGGUUAGAAAGAUUACGAAAGAUUAAACAUCUACGCAGUAAAUUAUUACAAGAUGGUGCUAAAUCGCCUACGUCAAGUCCCAGCAAAUCACAUCAUGGCAUGGAUGAUUUCACAGACUUUGUUUAAAAUGGAAUUUAUAUUUAUAUGGAGUUAUGAUUUCCAUGUUCUCUAUGUGAAUCCAGUUUGCCAAGAUGACCCUUGAAAUGAGAUAAUGUCAAGUAAAUUUACAAUGGACCAGGUGAUUAUUUCAGUUUUCAACUGGUCCCUGCAGUUAACUGCAUCUGAAUUUGUUCCUAUUUUUUAUUGGCACUGCUGUUUUAUUUAAGAUGCAGUAAUAGAUUGUGGAGACCACGAUAUUAAGUGGACUUGAAAGAGAAAUAAGGCCUAUGCUUGUUUGUGUUUCUUGUUGGUGAUUCCCAAAAAGGCAGCUAAUAUUAUAUCUAGCGUGUAUCACGUCUCCUUAAAGGAGAAACUUUAUGGCCUAGCCCUUCACCUUUGAAUGAACCAAAAAUCUCUGAUAAAGCAAACGCUUCUUACAACAUCCAGUGUAUGUUCCUUAUAUGGUAUGUGAAGCUCUUUCGGAAAUGACAUCCGAUUACAAUGUACAGCAGAACAGUUUGCCAGUUUUCUCAGUCUCAGCCUUUAUAAUAACAGAGAAUUUCCCAGAUUCUCUUCAUAGAAGGCCUUGGGGCUAAAUGUCAGACAGAAAGUAUAUUUUUCACUCCCGAUUUAGAUGUAAAACAAAUCUUGAAUUACAUGAUGUAGGUUUCGAGACAACAAAUGAAAUCAUGUGUAUUUUGAUUGUUUUUUAUUAUUAUAUUGAAAAGAUUCGUUAUUUUGACAUAAAUAAUGUAUUUAUUUUGAUACCAAAUAUGUAUAGAAAUUGUGCAUGCUUCUUGAUUUCUCUGAAAUUCAUUAAUGAAAUGGUGCAGUUAUACAUUAUGCUACACUACAGUAGUAGUAUGGUAAACUGAGGUUUGAGAUAUUUUGGUCGCAAAGUAGUUCUCAGCCCAUAUAAGGACGAGGUCAGCAUAUCAGUGUUCCACCAUAUCGGUGGGAGGGGUAAAAGUCCAUUAGGUAUUGAACAUACAUGUAAUUUGAUACCAAAGGGAAGCAUCUCUAAAGGCAAAGUCAAUAAAUUUCAGUUAAAUCUCUGUUGGAGAAGUCAAUGUGAAAUGAGAUUGAUUAGGUUUUUGGACACCGAUAUAUCUUGGACAUCUUGGCUCCCCAAGACUUGAUUUGAUUUUAGUUGUUUUGUCUAUUUGUAAUUCUGUAUUUAAGAUAGUCUAAGUUAUUGCAUGUAAAUUGCUCAGGAAAUUCAGGCAAAAAAAGGAUUUCGUUGUGGCUUGAUCAUAGUUUAAUGCUUUUUCACUUGUUUAUCUAGAGGACUGGAUUGGAUUGAAUUUAACAAUUGAGUUAUUUAUAUAAGUAAUGCAUGUUCAUAAUUUUACAGUAAUGCCACUAGGUUCAUUAUGGAAGGUACUCACAUUUCAAGGUGCUUUAAAAACAUGGAAUUUGAUGGCAGAUUUGAACUAAAUGGGACUGUAAAAAAUGUUCAUAUUGAGAGUUUUUCAGUUAGAGAGGCAUUCAGAUAUUCAGGUUUUACUGUACUCAAUCAUUGGCCAAUUACUGUAAAUUGGGUUAAUAUGGCGCCGGCUUUAAUUUGGCGAAAUAGAAAUAAAACACCAAUCUAAAUCUUCAACAAAAUUAAGAGAUGAUCCCGGGAAUUUCGUCUGGUGUAUUUAAGUCACUUCUGGUUUAGUUUUU